AUGGGAAAAGAAAAACUUCAUAUUAACAUUGUCGUCAUUGGCCAUGUCGAUUCUGGUAAAUCAACAUCAACUGGUCAUUUGAUCUACAAAUGUGGUGGUAUUGAUAAACGAACAAUUGAAAAAUUCGAAAAAGAAGCUACUGAAAUGGGUAAAGGUUCAUUCAAAUAUGCUUGGGUAUUAGAUAAACUUAAAGCUGAACGUGAACGUGGUAUCACCAUCGAUAUUUCACUCUGGAAAUUCGAAACAGCUAAAUACUACGUUACCAU